AGCCCCGGCGGGAGCCUUGAGCCCCCCGGCCCCGGCUCCCGUGCUGCCGGUGCAGCCGGCACCGUCCCAUGGAGCGGCCGCUGCUGCCGCUGCUCUGCGGUACCUUCGCUUUUCUGCUGUCCUGGGCCGCCGCCGAUACCGUGCCAAUGCGAUGCAGCCGCCCCAAGGACGUGGCCAACGCUCACAUCGACGUGGGCAACAACACCCUGCUCAACACCCGCCUGCGCUACACCUGCAACGCCGGCUACAAGCGCAAAGCCGGGACCUCCAGCCUCAUCCAGUGCAUCCUGCGGGAUGACUCCAGCGAGCCUGACUGGACCCACACCACGCUCCAGUGCAUCCGGGACCCGGCUCUACCUCCGGAAACCCCCAGCCCUGAGGUCCCAAUGGCACCGCACACUGAGAGGAUGACCCCGAAGGGAACCACUGAAACCAGCCUGACCUCCAGCCCCUCUCCAGCAGCAACACCCGCACCCCCAGCACCUGAUGGGACAUCACCAGAGACACCUCCACCACUGCAGCCAUCCACACUGGGAGAGGAAACAGCUCCAGGGUCAUCGCUGGGGACAACCACAUCGCCUGACACCCCCCCAGAGCACGCUGCAGUUUCCACCCAGACUCUGGCCUCUUCCAUCGGACUCUCGGUGCUGCUGGUUGCUGGCAUCGUGGCCUGCUGCUGCUGGAGGAAGAGAAUGCGCACAGGGCAGAGCUCUGCGGUGGCAGUGACAUCCAUCCCCAUGGUGGCUGCUGCUUCUGAGACCGAGGAGAUGCUCCCAGCCAGUGUUUACCCCAUGGGCUGAGCACCCAGCACCAAGGCAACUCGAAGCACCCACCAGCCCAGAGGAUGCUCAAGGCUGGGAUGGAAAGCUGGAAGCAGCAGCAGUGCGUGGCAGAGCACGUCCUAGUCCCCCGUACAUGGAGCAUCCUCACCCCAGGGACACAUGGCUGCUCUUCCCAGCCUGAACAAGGCACUGUCAUGGAUGAGACUCCUGCAGCACCCAAAGCCAUUCACUGGUGACCCCAAAAGCUGGUGAAGGUGCCUCAGACACAGCUCAGGGAUCCUGCAGACCCUGGGUGCUGCUGGCAGGGAGUGAUUUCACUGCAGACACCAUCAGACUGAAGGCAAUAAGAGGACCUAAGGAAGUAUUCCCCUUUGUAUGGUUGCCCUUUUUCUACUCUGGUUGUUAUCCCCUCAUUUCCUCUUUGCUACAGAAGAGGCAGCUGUAGACAAAUGCUGGUUUAUGUAUAUAUCUGUAUAUAAUGUAUAUAAAAUCA